AUGGGAUCUUAUAGCGAGAACAAGAAGCCGAACUUCCUCAUUAUAGUCGCCGAUGAUCUAGGAUACAGCGAUACAGGAUGCUUUGGGUCGGAGAUCGCGACUCCUGCGCUGGAUAAGCUCGCCCAGACAGGUGUCCGACUAACAAACUUCCAUACAGCAUCUGCUUGCUCACCAACCAGAUCGAUGUUGUUUUCCGGCACAGACAACCAUAUCGCGGGUCUAGGCCAAAUGACUGAGCACAUGGGCGGCAGGUCGAUUUACCAUGAUAAACCAGGGUACGAGGGAUAUCUUAAUUUUCGAGUCGCUGCUUUAUCGGAGAUUCUGCAGGACGGAGGAUAUGAGACUAUCAUGUCAGGCAAAUGGCAUCUAGGUUUGACGAAAGAGACUGCUCCUUGUUCUCGAGGCUUCGACAAAAGCUUUGUCUUUCUCUCUGGAUGCUGUAAUCACUAUAAUUACGAACCACAGCUGGACGACCCGAAGCAUUCCAUCUUUACCCCGAUGAACACCACCAACUUCUGGAUGGAGGACCAAACGUACAUUGACCGGACCAAAGAGCUCCCGCAGGACUUCUACUCAACGACAUCUUUCACAGACCAACUGGUAAACUACCUCUCGGAUCGAGAUGAUUCAGACAAGCCUUUCUUCGCGUACCUGCCCUUCACGGCUCCACAUUGGCCUCUUCAAGCCCCAAAGGAAGUAAUCGACAAAUACAAGGGCAUGUACGACGACGGGCCGGCAGCACUACGGUCGAAGCGUCUCCAACGGUUGAUCGAACUUGGCAUCGUCCCAGCAGACGUCGAACCCGCACCAAUGACACACGACCUGUGGAACACACUAUCCGCCGAAGAGCGAGCCAAGUCCGCCAAGUCAAUGGAAGUCUACGCCGCAAUGGUGGACGUAAUCGACACCAACGUUGGACGAGUGGUAUCCCACCUCGAGAAGACAGGCGAGCUCGACAACACAUUCAUCCUCUUCAUGUCGGACAAUGGCGCAGAGGGCGCCCUCCUGGAAGCCAUGCCGAUCAUGGGUGGCGAAACGACCGUCAACGCCAUCAUUGACAAGUACUACAACAACAGCCUCGAAAACAUGGGUGCCGCGGACUCGUAUAUCUGGUACGGGCCCGAAUGGGCAUGUGCAUCGAUGGCGCCGUCCAGAGGCUUCAAGACAUGGAUCACCGAGGGUGGCAUUCGUUGUCCAUGUAUCGUACGCUUCCCACAGCUCGACCGCCCAGCAGACUUCCAGACCAAUUCCUUCGCCACCGUCAUGGACAUCCUCCCCACGAUUCUCGAUCUCGCGGGCGUCGCGCACCCCGGCACACAGUAUCGAGGACGUGAAGUUGUGCCUGUGCGUGGCUCGUCCUGGGUCCCUCAUCUGCUCGGCAAAACGCCCUCUUUCCACGACGCGCAGAAUCACAUCACGGGCUGGGAGUUGUUUGGGCUCAGAGCAAUCCGCAAAGGCGACUGGAAAGCACUCUUUCAGACUGCGCCCAGGGGUAAAGAUCGCUGGGAACUUUACAAUUUGACUUCUGACGUGAGCGAGAUGCAUGAUCUUGCGGAACAAGAGCCAGAGAUCUUGAAGGAGUUGGUCUUACAUUGGGAAACCUAUUACGCCGAGACGGGCAUGUUUGACCCGGGACAUGAGUUCAAGUAUGUGAAGUACGCGUAG